AUGGCAGAUUUAUACUUAGAAGAGCAAAGGAUAAAGACUGAAGAAUUUUUAGUAGAGAAAAAGAUAAAAAUUGAAGAAUUUUCAGCAAUGCUUACAGCUUUAUAUAUUAGUGACUCUGAUCACCUUAGACAGCUCCAAACUGAGUUUAAAACCCUUUCUGCUUUGCCAAAGAGCAUAGAGGGUAUGAUUAAAAAGCAUCAAGGUGAUCUUCGAAUUCAAUGCUUUUAUAGAGACUUCGCCAAACAAUGUCGCAUUACUCAAAUUUUAUUGAAUAAAAAAAUUUUCAAAAUCCAUAAGCAAAACUAUAAUAAUUCUUACAACUCAGAUUUCAAUUAUCUUUACAAUACUGACGAAAAUCUAAAUGGAACAGAAAUUUACAUUUAUAAUCUAAAAUCUCACAAAAGAACCUCAACAUGCGAAUUAAAAUCUUAUAAACCAAAUAGACGUUUAUUUAGCUUGAACGAUCUGGACUUUUUGCUAGUAUAGAGUUUCCUCGGGAAAUUUAGUCAAAAAUUUUUGAUAGUGAGACAUUAUCCCCGAAAAGUCAAAUUUUGAUAAUAUCACAUGAAGAAAAAAUUCAGCAAAUACCCUGGAGAAAUGUCGUACUGCAGGAAAAAGUAUGCACCGACGUUUACUUGAUAAAAUAACAAACUAUGUAAAAAUUUCGAACUCGCAUUUACUUAUCUUGGGAUCUGUCCAAGAAAGAUAUAAAGGAUUAUUAAUGGAUCUAAAAACUAAAGCAAUAACUGAGAUGUUUAAUUUUAGUUGCCAAAAAGGUGUAUUUGACACUUUCAAUCAAUUUAUUUAUUAUAAAAAUUAUUUAUAUGUAUUUGGGGACUUAGAUAGGGCAGGUUUGGUGAAAUAUGAUAUAAAUCGGAACAAGUGACAGAAAUUGGCAUUCCCACAGUUGGAUAGAAGAGUUUUUGCUGUUCUUUUCCACAACUAUGUCUUAGUAAGCAGUUUUUAUAACUCAUCCUUUUAUUUAUAUGAUCUUUUAAUUGAAGCUCAUUCAGAAAUUGGAUUUUAUGAGCGUAUAGAAAGUCGUAAAUUUUUAUUUACUGAUCAAGUUAAGGUUUAUUUAUGGAUUCAAAACAACUCUAUUUAUGAGAGCGAAGAAAAUAACCCAUUUAAAUGAAAUAUCAUAGGAAAUAAUAAUUUUAGAAUUCGUGAGCUGCCUUUUGAUAUAACUUUCAGCUAUUUUGAGGGGAAUAUUUAUGCUAGUUUUCUUAUAAGACCGAAGAUGUAUUGCUAUAAGCUUAAUAGAGAGUGUAAAGAAAUAGAAUUAAUUUAUCAAGGUGGAGUCAAUAGAUAA